CAUGCAGAAACAGUCUAUAAACCCGACAGGCAGAGGGACCAAGCAGAGGCUAGCAAAGUCUGUCAGUCAUCACAUUCCACCAGAAACACCCAGAUGAAAAAGCGCGUCAACAAUACUGCUACACAGCUGCGGGGCGUGCUGGACUCAGAAACACAGCAAGGCUCUUCAAAUUUCACUUGUCCAAGAAAUAAUUCAUUAGUUUCACCUUAAAACCCUACCUUCCUCUGCCACAUUCUCCAGCAUCUAUCUCACUGUUGGGAUAGAAACAAUCUUGAACUGUAUUCAGUACUGGAGCAGGUAUGGUGGCAGGCCUGCUGAAGAUGUUUGCAUAAGGAACCCUCGUAAUACCCUGCCCCAAGGAAAAGAGCUAGGAAGGGUUUAAAGGCAAAUAAAAGUGCCAGGCACAUAGUAAGCCUACUAAAGAGAUCACAUCUGAAAUAUGGCUCACAGUGACCUCCUCUACCCAGAGAACCCAAGGAGGCGGGAAGAAGUAAACCAUCUUCACCAGCAGCUCCUUGACUGCUUAUCUGACAGCUUCCAUGCCACCAACAAGCUGAUUGGGGUUUUAAAUAUGCAUUUGGGGUGCAGGCUCGCCGCCAUUGAGAUGAAAAGAGAUGGGACCAUCAAAGAAAACUGUGAUAUCAUCAUCCAAGCUGUGAUAAAAAUCCAAAAGGAAUUGCAAAAGGUUGACGAGGCACUCAAAGAUAAACUAGAGCCAACCCUUUAUAGAAAACUUCAGGAUAUUAAAGAAAGGGAAACAGAGAAAAUUGCAAUAGUACAAAAGGUUAUUUCAGUCAUCCUGGAAGAAGCUACUUCUGCAGCCAGUGCGGUGGCUGUUAAACUUGUGGGCUCAAAUGUCACAAGUGGCAUAAUUAACAAGCUGGUCACUGUGUUAGCUCAAAUUGGUGCUUCUCUCCUUGGUAGUAUAGGAGUGGCUGUUCUUGGCCUUGGCGUAGAUAUGAUAUUCCGUGCCAUCCUGGGAGCAGUGGAGAAAACGCAGCUUCAAGCAGCCAUCAAAAGUUAUGAAAAGCAUCUGGUGGAAUUCAAGUCAGCCUCGGAAAAAUAUCGUCAUGCCAUUACUGAGGUCACCAAUGCAGUGGAACACCAAAUGAAAUAAAUUGCCGCUUUAUUUGCCACUGGAAUAUUUUCUGCUUCUCUCUCAAUAAUAGUGUUUUGUUUCGUUGAUUAGGUUCAUUUUCCAUAUGCUCCCAAUAUAGACAUAAGUACGGUAAACAAAUCGGAAAGAGGAAUUAGAGAUGCUAAAAUUAGAUGACUCUAGAGUUUUGCGUCAACAUUGAAUGCCUGGAUCAGUUGGUGUUAGAUAGAUCCUGUGAGAUAGAUUAUAUCCCAGGAUGUCUUCUCACUCUGCUCUACCAGAUCAACAUCAGGGUAAAUGAUAUUACAAAGCAGCAGGUGUAGGGGUUACCUUUUCCUUUUCUAAUUCCCAGUCAAAAUCCUUAAAAUUUACAUUGAAUGCAGAAAUUUUCAUUUCUACUUCAGACAUCAUUUAGUUCUAGAGGGACAUACUUAGUAACUUCUGCCUGGACCAAACCACGGGCCUUCUAAAGGCAUAGAAAUACUACCAUAAUUUUGACCAUCAGUUUAAAUCCAACUUUCAGUAAACUGGAAGAGACUGAAAUAUGGCUUGUAACAAUCUACUUCAACGAUAAAAGGAGGCAAUGGUUCUGGAAACUUCUACUAAUUAUACACUAUAAUUUGGAUGGAUUUUUAAAAGAUAAAACUUAAAACUAAAAAGAUAAAGGUUUUGUUUCUAUAAUUGCAAUCAACCUGACCAACUGUACUGUGAUGAUUAAAUAUCCCUCAAGUGACUGUUUGAACACUCUGGAACAUUUAAAAAAACAAAGCAAAUCCCAGCUGUACAUCAUAAAAUGCAUCUAGGAUACAGGAGAGGAAGUAGCUACUCUUUUAAGAAACUGUCAUUUAGAGGAAAGUCAUAAUUUAUUACUUUAUGAAUUUUCACAAAAAAGAAAUUUCAUUUUCAAAACUAGCAGAAAGGGGGAAUCCGUCGUUGUAUAUAAAGCUUUAGAUGACCCAUUUCAUUAACUACCUACUUUCAGGAAAAUCCAGAGGCUAUGGAGGCCUAACGAUUCAGUUGAAUUUCUGCAGAUGCAAGUGUUCAUUUCCUAAAUCCUGCGCCAACUUUUAACUCCUAUUGAGGCUCUUACAUUCUACUUAUAAAACCCUUAGUAAGCUGUUGAUGCAAGAAUAUGUUUGUUAUUCUUGAAAUUUGAAAAUAUCAGCAUUAUCUUAAAAAUUAAAACCUACAUGCAAUACUGUUUCAAAUGUAAUAAUUUUCUUUCUCUUCUAUCAUUACUUUUUAAAAUUCAUUGCAAAACAUCACAAUUUAGUUCACCUGCAAACCUAAACUUUUUUGUUAUUACUUGAUUUAUAAGCUUUAAACUACAAAAUGUUUUUAUUGUUCUUUCUGGGACUCAAAAUUCAGUCUAAAACCAAAUCAAGACUCUCCUAAGACAAAGGUUAGUUUAAGUAAGGGACAAAUCUACGGUUAAGUGCAUAUUUAAAUAUUCUGCUAAAAGUUACUAUGCAUCUCCAUCAGUAUUUUGGCGUAUUUAUAAUUGAUAGUAAGAAUGGGCCCAUAUUUAACAUAUUUUCUUAUAAGGGAUAUUCGGAUUAAGGUUGGAAAUAAAAGCAUGUCCUUUUAGAAUAGAAUUUUAAAAUAUUAAA